ACUGAUAGUCCGAAUGCAAUAAGGAAGCUAGGGAAGUCAGAAGAUCGGAUUUUGAUUGAAAACAAGAUGCUGAAGAAGGAAAAAACCAUUAAUUCUGAGACUAGCUCAUUGGGUGAGAAAGAAGUAGCCUUUCUGUCAGGAAAAAAAUUCAAGUGCCAGUGCCAAAGAUGUUUGUCCUGAUAAUCUGAAUGCAAUAAGGAAGCGAGGGAAGUCAGAAGAUGGGAAAUUGAUCAAAAAUAAGAUGCUGAAGAAGGGAAAGGCCAUCAAUUACAACAAAGAAGUAGGUUCUUUGUCAGCCAAAAAAAUAAAAGAACGCAGGGUGAAAGAUGUUCAUACUGACGGUCUACGUGCCAGAAGGAAGCAAGGCAAGUCAGAACAUGGGAUAUCGAUCAAAAACAAGCUCUUGGAGAAGGAAAUGGCUAUCGGUUCUGGCACUAGUUUUAGUGGAGCAAGGUUUUUUUCAGAGGAUUUCUAUGGCUUGGACUCAGAUUCUGAAUCUCCUAGUUUCAGUGAUGGUUACUCAGUAAAGGACCUCAUCGUGGAUUCAGACAGUGAAGGUUUCUUAUCAGAGGGAGAAUUUGUUGGGCACGAGCUUGGAUCAGAUACUACAGAAGCUUCAAUGGAUACUAACAGAUAUAAAGCACAAUUAUUAGAAGAUAUCCACAAAUUGGAAGAAUCCCAGCUGCAAUUUAGCUACACUACUGAUGCAGAGUCAACAGAUUCUGGAGGGAGAAUUAAUUUUGAGAAUAUUGAGUCGGAUGAUGUCUGGUCAGAGAAUGAGUUGAGCAGUCCUGAAUCAGAACAAAAGGAACUGAAUGAAGGAGAGGCUGAAUCAAGAGUAGUUCAGAAGGUCAAGGAAAGAAAAUGGCCUAGUUCAGAUGCAUCCCACAUAGAAUUCACUGAUUCAAGUGACGACGAGCUUUAUUCAAUUAAAAAUUCUGGCAGCUGUAGGAAGAGCUUGGAUGAAGUCCUGUAUGGAAGUGAUUCGGUCAACCCAGAAACUGUACUCGAGAAUUUAGAUGGAAAGGAGGAAGAAGAUUUGGCAAAGAUUUGUAAUUUUGAGAAAACCAAAUCUGAGUCUUCAGAAACAAGGUGUGAUAUCUCUAAUGGCAGCCCUUUGCGAGCAAUUCAUGUUGCGGGGCAACAGGAUUCAGUGGAGCUCAGAAGAGAGAUGGAUGAACCAGUACAGAAAUCAGAACUUGGAAGUGGAAAGGAAUCGCCAGAGAAGGAUGUAAAGAAAAGUGGAGAGAACAAUUUGAAGUAUUCAAAUGAUGAGGAUUUGGAUGAUGAGGAUUUUGAUGAAUUGGAGUCUCUGUGGGAACACCAAGAUUUGAUAGAGCAGCUAAAAAUUGAAUUGAAGAAAGCAAGGGCCACUGGUCUUCCAACCAUCUUAGAAGAAUCAGAAAGCCCAAAGACAGUCGAGGAUCUGAAGCCGUGGAAGAUUGAUGAGCAGUUCUUGCGUGAGGAUCCGAUGGACGAGUUGCACAAGUUCUAUAAGAGCUAUAGAGAAAGGAUGAGGAAAUUUGAUAUCUUAAACUAUCAAAAGAUGUAUGCAAUAGGCUUUCUCCAGCUGAAGGAUCCUCUUCAAUCAAUGGGGUCUCAAAAACCCUUGAUUUCUACAAUCACAUCCAUUGUCUCCCAAAGUUUCUUGCCUUCUCGUCAUAAAUCCAACACUGAUCCAUCAGAGAAGUUCAUCAAGGAGCUCCGGGAUGACUUGGAGACAGUAUAUGUUGGGCAAACAUGCCUCUCAUGGGAAUUCCUCCGCUGGCAGUACGAAAAGGCUCGGGAACUACCAGAAUCUGAUCCUUACAGGAGCCAUCAGUACAAUCAAGUGGCUGGAGAAUUCCAACAGUUUCAAGUGAUGCUGCAAAGGUUCAUAGAGAAUGAGUCCUUCCAGGGACCAAGGCUACCAAAUUAUGUGAAGAAUCGAUGCGUCCUUCAAAAUCUUCUUCGAGUACCUGUGAUUAAAGAGGAUUGCUUGAAGGAUAAAUUGGAAGAACAAAGAAAGGGUAAUGAUGCAAUUACAAGUGACAUGUUGGAAGAUAUCAUGGAAGAAUCGAUUACAAUUUUCUGGGAAUUUGUCAAGGCAGACAAAGAUGAAACUCCAGUGAUCUUAAAGGGCCUGUUGAGAACUCAGGUUGAACUUCAAGACCCAUCAGACUAUGAACUCAUGAUUGAUAUUCAAGCCAUUUUGCAGAAGAAAGAGAAGAAGUUAAAAGACAUACUGAGAACUGGUAAUUGCCUGGUCAAGAAGUUCAAAAAGCCAAAAGAAGACAGAACCAAUCAAGACCUUUUCUUCUCACAGGUAGACAUGAAGUUGGUAGCAAGGGUACUGAAAAUGUCCAGAAUUACAACUGAACAGCUGGUGUGGUGUCAUAAGAAACUGAACAAGAUUAAUUUUGUAGAUAGAAAGAUCCAUAGGGAGCCUGCAUUUUUGUUAUUUCCAUGUUGAGAUUGAUGUUAUUCUUGUUUUAAGUGUAAUUUGCAUGUAAACCUAGGAGAACCAGGUUUGUUAUAUGCAGUUCUCCACAUAGGUUCUGCAGGGUUCAUUAUACUGAUAAUAAUGGACCAUACCUUUGUUUAGAUUUUUAAUUAACUAAUAGCAUAGCAGUCUACUUGUAUGAACAUUUUUUUUUCCUAAUGCUAUCAGCUAGAUGGCGGCAUGCACUCAAAG